AUGUCAUUGUUCUCUAAAUUUACAUCCAUUUUUGGUUCAAAUCAAACUACUUAGGCAUCAAGCACUCCUAUAAAUCAAUAAUUAUAAGAGAUAUUGACAUAAAUAAUUACUUCAAAUGGAAAAUUAGAUAUGAAGCAAAAGGGUGAAGUUUUAGCAUAAUAUUUAUUAGAUAGAGAUGGUAAAUUAUAAUAAAUUUACAUAUAGAGCAUAUUGAGUUUCUAUUUUAGUUUUUAGAAACUAAAUCUAAAGAUCUUUAAGGUGUUCAAGUAGUAAACUUAUUAGCAGCUAUACAUUAACAAUUUUAAUAUAAUGAAUUAAUUUAGGAUGUGGCAAUAAAAUUAAGAGAAACAAAAAUGUCUUGGGUCUAAUUGGAGAAAUAAGAAUGGUAUUCUACAUAAACAGAACCUGAUUAAUAAAAAUAUUAGCAAAAUUAAAAGAUUUUGACUGAAUAUGAGGAUAAGGCAUAACCAGCUCGAAUUUAUGCUUAAUUGUGUUAUGUUUAUUUAUAAAAAUUGGCAGCCAACGUUGAUCUUUAUAGAGCAGUAUUGAAAUUUACGUAUCCUUAUGUUACAGAUAAAGAAUAUAUUGAAGCAAAACUGAUAUUUUUAUGGCAUUACAAAAUAUAAAAUCUAAUAAAUUCAGGAUCUAUAUUGAUACAAUUUAAUCCAAAUUUAAUAGAAAUAUAAUUAGCAUUAUAUUUAGAUGUGUGGAGAUUUCAAAAGUUUAUUUGUACUGAAAUUGAAAAAAUCAUAGAUUAAUAUGCUACUUUACCAAAUAGUGAUACUUUAAGUCUUUAUGAGAUUUAUUGUGAAAGUAUAAAACAUUAUGAACAUUUGAAUCAAUUUCAUCAAUUUACUUAAACUAUAACAAAACCUCCUCCUUAAUGUUAAAUCAAUAAUACACUUCUUUAAGAAUUCUUUGCAUUUGUAACAAAAUUAAAAGUUUUAAAUUAAUUCAAUUUCAAAAAGUCUAUAAAAGUUCCUAAUAAAUAGGAUCCUAUAAUGGGUAUUCCAACUAAAAAUCCAAAUGUAUUAUUUAAUUUCAUAUAUUUAUAGGUUAUAAAUAUUAGGAGAUCAAGUUAACAAUUAGAUGAUUCAUAAAGUAAUGAAUCAGAAUAAGAAGAUGAUUUUACAAACAAUAAAAAAUUUAGAUCUGAUCAUAAUAGAGUGUAAAGUACAUUUUAAUAUGUGUAAAAAUGA